UCGUCUCGCAACCUCCGCAACUGAUCAACCCAAGCCAUUAGCCAAGCGAAGCAAAGCAUCCAAUGCUAAUCACUCAGGCAACCUCCUAACCAGGGCGGGGAGCGGGUUCUUGGGAGUUUGUAGAGGAGAAGCCGGAGAGCGGGAGGGGGAGGGAUGGACAUCGCGUCGUUCGUGACGUCGCUGCUGACGUCGUUCGUGAUCUUCGCGGCGCUGGUGCUGGUGUUCACGUGGCUGUCGAGCAGGCCGGGCAAUGCGCCGGUGUACUACCCGAGCCUCCUGCUGCGGGGGCUCGACCCGUGGGAGGGGAGGGGCCGCGGGACGAGGAGCCCGGCCGGGUGGCUGAGGCAGGCGCUCGCCGCCUCCGAGGCCGACGUCGUCGCCGCCGGAGGGGUCGACGCCGCCGUCUACCUCGUCUUCCUCUAUUCCGUGUUGUCUAUCUUGGUGUUCUCUGGGGUUGUGCUGCUUCCAGUUCUGCUGCCUGUUGCUGCCACUGACAAUGCCCUGGAAAGGUCUAUAGGCCUGAACAAUGGCAAAUCGCCCCAGAACUUCACAGAGCUUGAGAAAUUAGCACUGGGCAAUGUUCAAGAAGGAAGCCGAAGGCUGUGGGCAUUUCUAUUAGCAGUCUAUUGGGUCUCUAUUGUAACAUACUUCGUACUAUGGAAGUCCUACAAGCAUGUUUCGAAUCUGCGAGCGGCUGCAAGAGCAACAGCAGAUGUUAAACCGGAGGAGUUUGCUGUGUUGGUGAGAGAUGUUCCUACUCCACCUCCUGAUCAAACUAUAAAGGAUUCUGUGGAUUCCUAUUUCCGAGCACUUCAUCCUGACACAUUCUACAGAUCAAUGGUUGUGACGGACCACACAAAGGCUGACAAAAUUUAUCAAGAGAUUGAAGGUCACAAACAGAAAAUUGCUCGUGCUGAAGUUGUCUAUGCAGAGUCUAAAACAACAAACAGACCUGAGGGCACCAAGCCUAUGCAUAGGAUUGGAUUUCUUGGCCUUAUUGGUAAGAAGGUUGAUACAAUUGAGUAUUGUAAUGACCAAAUCAAGGAAUUGCUGCCCAAACUGGAGGCUGAACAGAAGACUACCCUUCGUGACAAACAGCAACAGGCUGCAAUUGUCUUUUUCAACAAAAGAUCUGCCGCAGCUUCUGCAUCUCAGACUCUCCAUGCUCAGAUUUUUGAUAGAUGGACUGUUGAGCAGGCUCCUGAACCUCGCCAGAUAAUAUGGUCCAAUCUUUCCAAGAAAAUAUAUGAGAGGCAAAUCAGACAGGUUGUCGUCUAUACCAUUGUCUUUCUCACAGUGGUUUUUUAUAUGGUUCCCAUUACUGCUAUCUCUGCUCUUACAACUUUGGAGAAGUUGAGGGAGAAGCUUCCCUUUCUGAAGGUGGUGGUGGACCAAAAAGAAAUUAAGACUGUCCUUCAGGCUUACCUCCCACAGCUUGCACUUAUUGUUUUCCUUGCCUUGCUGCCUGGUCUUUUAUUUUUUCUCUCAAAGUCAGAGGGUCUCCCUUCACAAAGCCAUAUAGUCAGGGCAGCAGCAGGGAAGUACUUCUACUUCAUUGUGUUCAAUGUCUUCCUUGGGGUUACAAUUGGUUCAACAUUGUUCAGUGCUUUGACAACCAUUAUCAAUAAUCCUCCUGGGAUUGUCAAAAUGCUUGCCAACAGCCUUCCAGGAAGUGCAACUUUCUUCCUUACAUUUGUUGCACUGAAAUUCUUUGUUGGUUAUGGGCUUGAGCUCUCUCGCCUGGUCCCUCUUAUCAUUUUCCACCUGAAAAGGAAGUACCUAUGCAAGACUGAGGAUGACGUGAGAGCAGCAUGGGCUCCAGGUGACCUAGGAUAUAACACCAGGGUUCCAAAUGACAUGCUCAUCGUUACAAUUGUGCUGUGCUACUCCGUCAUUGCACCACUGAUUAUUCCAUUUGGUGUUGCUUACUUUGCUCUCGGAUGGAUUAUAGCGAAAAAUCAGGUUCUCCGAGUUUAUGUUCCCAGUUAUGAGAGCAACGGGCGAAUGUGGCCGCAUAUGCACACAAGGAUCAUUGCAGCUCUGCUAAUUUACCAGACCACCAUGGUUGGUGUCAUCCUGCUGAAGAAGUUCUUCUACUCCCCUGUUCUUGUGCCCCUCAUCCCAAUGAGCUUCAUCUUCGCCUACAUUUGCAAUAUGCGGUUCUACCCCGCGUUUGCCAAGACCCCUCUCGAGGUGGUUCAGCACGACGUGAAAGAAACCCCGAACAUGGAUGCCAUCUACACCGCCUACAUUCCUGCUUGCCUCAAGCCUGAGAAGCUAGAGGAUGUGGAUAUCUUCGAAGACGCGCAGUCGAACACCACCUCCAGAGCCCCAUCCAUCUAAUGCUGCAGUGCUGAUUGCAUGUGAACCGUGGAGAGUACAUGUCAUCACUGCAAACGAACCACUUUUCAUCCAAUUCCUACAUGGAUUUCCUUAUGAAUUUCCACGUUGAACUCCUCUGAAGUGUGAAGCAACUUAUGCCAUUUCCAUGUACAUAGUGCACUAGAGAUUGCCUGCCUGCUGAAUGCGUGCCUGAGGAUUGAUUCUUUACUUAUGGUACUAGGUAGUUGCUGUGGAUAUUUGUCUUCUUUUAAGUUUCAUAUGUUGUUCAAACUCGUGGUGAGUCUAGGCUUUUCUGCUUUCUUGUCUGUGUAACAAAAACCCAGAAAUCUGUCGCCUAAUGCUCGGUGUAACCCAGUUAAUAUCGUAACUUACUGAUUGCUUGUACUGUUUUGAAGCCA